AUGAGAUCAAAGCAUGAGAUACUGCUCAAUCAGAGGAAAUAUACACUAGAGUUAAUUUCUGAGCUGGGACUUAGUGGAGCAAAACAAGCUUCCACACCAUUAGAAGCAAAUGUUAAGUUGACUUCAGUUGAGUAUGAUGCAACAUGUGACAAGGAAGAUGAUUCAACAGGACGAAAAAUGGAUGAUCCAGCACUGGGAGACAUAGGCAAAUAUCAGAAGUUAGUAGGCAAGCUGAUUUAUUUGACCAUUACAACACCAGAUAUUUGCUUUGCUGUACAGGUUUUAAGUCAGUUCAUGCAGAUGCCAAAGAAGUCUCACUGGGAUGCAACAUUAAGGAUAGUGAGAUAUGUCAAGAGAUCACCAAGAUCAGGCAUACUACUGAGAAGAAAUUUUAUUGAAGAGAUGACAGUCUUCUGUGACUCAAACUGGGUGUCAUGUCCUAACACUAGGAGAUCAGUGUCUAAGAAGCAAUAUACAAUAAGUAGAAGCUCAGCUAAAGCUGAGUAUAGAAACAUGACUUCAGCAGUUUCUGAGAUUGUUUGGUUAACAGGUUUGCUAAAGGACUUAGGGGUUGAUAUAAAGCUUCCCAUAAAGCACAAUUUGUCUGAUUCUGUGUCUUGUGUCUUUACUGGUAGUUUGGAAUCUUCUUGCGUUCCUUUCUUCCCAAAUGUGACAUAUAGCUGCUGCGAAAAGAAACCUCAGUAUACCAGCUCUUGGCCUGGUGUUGCUGGCCCUUUUGGUUAUCCAUUUCAUUUCAUCGACCCAAGGCAAGAUAGUCUGUUUUCCCCUAUCCAAUGCAGUAAUGUCUUCUAG